AUGGAUAAGUUUACUCCAAGUUUUUCUUGUGGAGUAGACUCGGAUGGGACUAAGGGGGGUUUAGCCUUGUUUAGUUGGUAUUUGGGGAAUGUCUUUUGUAUUGCUUCUUCCUCAAAUUUUAUCUUUUGUAAUGUUGUUGACAUUAAUGGAAGUAGUAGGCAUCUUUUGUUUUUGUACGGAGCGUCGAAAGUAGAAGAUAGACCUAAAGUGUGGGAGGAGAUUUCAAUACUUAUUUCUAGCACUCCAAAUGUGUUGAUUAUGGGUGAUAUAAAUCAAUUGGAAUAUUAUAGUAACAAAUUAGGGGGGUCAUCUUUGAUAAAGGGCUUGGAUGUGUUUUUGGAUUGGAGAUUCCAAACUAACCUUUUAGAAGUUCCUUUUACGGGACCAAGAUACACUUGGUCAAACAAAAGAUUGGGAACAGAAUUGAUCAUGGAACAGUUGGAUAGGGCAUACUCUUCUUCGCAAUGGUUUAAUAAUUUUCCGGAUGGAAGAGUCACUCAUGAACCUAUUACGGUGUCGGAUCAUGCAACAAUAAUUUAUGAUUUAGACACUAGGUUAUCAAAAUCAAAUAGGCCGUACCAAAUUGAGACUUGGUGCUUGGUCUUCCCGGAGAUUAAGACUAUUAUUGGUGAAGCUUGGGGUGUUCAAUGCUCGGGGUCAGUCAUGUACAAAUUUCAACUGCGGUCGAAGUGGCUACGGGAUAAAAUGAAAAGAUGGUGUUUGGAUAAUAAGAAAGUUUGGGGAAUAAAUUGGAGAAAGUACUCUACCGAACUUCAUGACCAAGGGGGUGGAAUUACUACUUUGGAGCAAGGUAAUAGCUAUGUCAGUGCGAUUAAUGAGACUAUCACUCAGAGUGGUUUGGAGUUUAAAUAUUGGCAACAAAGAAUCAAGGACUGGUGGAUCAAGGAAGGUUAUAUGUCUUCUAAAAUGAUGUAUGGUAGAGUGAAGCAACGAAAACAACGGAGGGAGAUUGUUAAUUUAAGGAAGGAUGAUGAAAUUUGGGUUCAAGGUCAGGAGAAUUUACAACAACUCAUUAGGGAUACUUUGAGGGAGGUGUAUAAUCCACCGAUGGAUUCUGUAGACAUUAUGAAUGAAAAGGUUGACUUGGUGCUACGGGAUUUAGACCUACCUUCUAUUGCACCGGAGGAUGCAUCUUUCUUAAUACGACCGUUCUCGCACCAAGAGAUACGGAAGACGAUGUUCUAUAUUCAUAAUUUAAAAGCGCCAGGACAGGAUGGCUAUAUAGCAGAAAUUUUUCACCAACACUGGGAGGAGGUGGGCAGCUCGGUUGUGGAGUCGGUACAAUCUUUUUUCUCUACAGGACAUCUUUUAAAGGAGUUUAAUGCCUCCCUUCUUGUUAUGAUUCUGAAGGUUGAUUGUUUGGAACUGCCAACACAGUUUCGACCGAUUAGUUUAUGCAACACUAUCUACAAAUGCAUAGCUAAAUGUAUGGUUAACAGAAUAAAAACGCUUCUGCCUGGACUAAUUUCAAAAUAUCAGCAUGCUUUUGUGCCAGAUAGAUAUAUAGAGGAUAAUGUGAUGCUGAGUCAUGAAUUAUUGCAUCUGGUUUAUACUAGUAAUGGAGAAUCCACCAAAGCCGUGAUUAAGUUGGAUAUGUCUAAAGCUUAUGAUAGUGUGAACUGGACUUUCCUCUUGAGGGUUCUUACGACGUAUGAUUUCCGGGAGUUUGGAUACAAUGGAUCUCAAAAUGUCUCGGAGAUGUUUAAAUCAGAAUGUGGCUUGCGGAAAGGGGAUCCCCUCUCACCGUAUCUUUUCUUAUUCUGCAUGGAUAUUUUAUCUCGAAUGUUUUCAAUGGCGGAAGAUAUUAACCUGAUUAAAGGGCUUUGGGUGACCCGGAUGUAUUGUAAUCCCCAGCUGUUGGUGGCUCGCUCUCUUGAUCCUAUUCAUGAGUGUCCUCUAUGUGUAGGAGGUGCUAGAUCGUGUCUUCGUGGUAAUGCUUCUUGGGGUAGACAGGGUUUAUUCAAUGUGGCGAAUAAAAGGGUUAAGGGGUAUCAUUGGAAGAUAGGCAAUGGUGAAAGGGUGAAAGUUGCAAAUAUGAGAUGGGUGCAAGGCUUAACUCAUGUUUUUAAAUCAAGUCAUCUUCUACGGGGGGUUGGUUCGGGGAGAGUGAAAUAUUUGAUAUCCCCAGAAAUAAGAUCUUGGAAUGUUGCUAUCAUCAGGGAAAGGUUUGAAUGGAGUACUGCACAGGAAAUUUUAGAAAUGGAGUUGCCUUUGAAUGAGGAGAAGGAUGCUAAUAUGGAAGCUCAAUAUUCCACCAAAGUGGAGCUUGUUUCUCUAGAAGCUAGUCAUGAAUGGAGGAAGACCAACAACAUCUUUUUAGGAUGUGUUCUUUUGCGAGGUAUGCUUGGAAGAACUGUUCCUUGA